AUGGGGCGAUACAGCUACAGUCAACCUUCAAGUAGUUCUAGAAGGUUGUGGAGUAACAGAGAACCAGAAGUGAGCUCUACUCCUUUAUGUCGAUCUAUGAGUUUUGGAAUUCCUAACAGAUUCUACUGCGGUUUGCUUACCAUGUUGAGACCAAUGGACAGUACAGGAGAAUAUCCUGGUAGGAUGUUCUUUGGAUGCAAGGAUUAUAAGUAUGGUCUCCCUCAUCUAGUCAAGUGGUGGGAUGAGGCUGUGAUGGAGGAAUUUCAAGAGCUAUGA